AUGCAGACACCCGUGACCGCACACAACACAACAGCUGUAAUACCAAUGAGUUCAAGAUCAGCAAAGCAGGCAGCAACAGGAUCACCCAGUUGGUGGUGCACAAACUCUCAAACUCUCAAACUCUCUCUUUCUCUCUUUCUCUCUCUCUCUCUCUCUCUCUCUCUCUCUCUCUCUCUCUCUCUCUCUCUCUCUCUCUCAUACUCUCUCUCUCUCAUACUCUCUCUCUCUCUCUCUCACACUCUCUCAAACUCUCUCAAACUCUCUCAAACUCUCUCAAACUCUCUCACACUCUCUCAAACUCUCUCUCUCUCUCUCUCUCUCAAACUCUCUCAAACUCUCUCAAACUCUCUCAAACUCUCUCAAACUCUCUCUCUCUCUUUCUCUUCUCUCUCACAACAAACUGCGAGACUUGCCGACUUUGUUGCGGCACACAGGAUGGCAGUGCCCAAAGUGGACGUGCUGGAGCACGAUCUCACUGAUGACUACGAAGUCGAAUGGGACGUGCCUCUGGGCACCGGCAUCAAUGGCGCUGUCUAUCGUUGUUUGCGCCGCGCAGACCAAAGCCCCUUUGCCCUCAAGCUUCUACCGGAUACAGACGAGGGUUGGCGCGAGGCGAGCAUUCAGCGCUUGUUGAGUGGUCAUCCCAACAUCGUUACCCUUGAGGCUGUCUACCUCAACCACAUUGCUAGUCCAGAAACGGGCGUGUUCAAGUCCCAGUUGGUCAUGAUCAUGGAAAUGUGCGAUGGUGGCGAGCUCUUUGACCGAAUUACGGCACAAAAGACCUUUUCCGAGAAGGAAGCCAGCAUCAUCAUGCGCCAGAUUGCCGAUGUGAUUUAUCAUCUGCAUUCGCAAAACAUUUCACACCGAGAUAUCAAGCCCGAAAACUUUUUGUUCGACAGCAAGCUGCCCAAUGCCCGGCUCAAGCUUUGUGACUUUGGCUUUUCCAAGGUGGACGAACGGUUGACCACACCCGUGUUCUCGACAUUUUAUGUCUCCCCCCAGGUGCUCGAAGCACACGUCAAUCAACGCAAGAAGCGACUGGGGCUCCUGCCCAAGGAAUACUGCACCGUCUAUGAUAAAGCAUGUGACAUGUGGAGCAUUGGCGUUGUUCUCUUCAUCCUUUUGGGUGGAUACCCACCUUUCCGCUCCGAGGUACCGGGGGUGGCCAUGACCACGCGCAUGAAGCAGCGCAUCCGAUCCGGCACCUACACUUUUCACGAAAAGUAUUGGGCUAACAUCUCACCGGAUGCCAAGGAUCUGGUGGCCGCCCUGCUUGAAGUAGACCCCUUGCGCCGGCUGAAUGCUCAGCAGCUUCGCCAACACGUCUGGGUCAGCGGCAACGAUGUACCGGCGACGCCUCUGUCCACGCCGCACACGCUCAAGGCCCAGGAGCGCUCUGAACGCGCCUCAGACACGGAGGCACUCAAUCAGGAGCUGAGUGAGAUGCGUCUCAAGCCCACCCCGGCACUGCAACCCGUCGAGCACCUUCAAGCCAGCAAUGUUUUGUUGGCCCGUCGCCAACAGCGCGAAGCCAGCCAGGCUGCGAGUUCGCUGACUCACCAACAUCAAAAAAUGCAACAGAACGACCCAAACACACAGUAA